AUGGCUUCUCCCUCCGACCGUCGACCCCUCGUCAUUUGCGGCCCCAGCGGUGUCGGCAAGGGCACGCUGAUCAAGCUUCUCUUCAGCCGCCACCCCGACGUUUUCACUCUGUCCGUGUCGCACACGACUCGCGGUCCUCGAAAUGGCGAGACUGAUGGUGUUGAGUACCACUUUGUCACCAAGGAGGCUUUCCGGGAGUUGAUCGCCAAGGACGGAUUUGUCGAGCACGCUCAGUUCGGAAGCAACCUCUACGGCACGAGCAAGGCGACGAUCGAAGAGCAGACAGCCAAGGGCCGAGUCGUAGUCCUCGACAUUGAGAUGGAGGGUGUCAAGCAGGUCAAGGCCUCUAGCAUCGACGCUCGCUACGUCUUCGUCGCACCCCCCGACAACGAGGAGCUCGAGAAGCGCCUGCGAGGCCGCGGCACCGAGACCGAGGACAGCAUCCAGCAGAGGCUCGCUCGGGCCAAGGACGAGCUCGCCUGGGCCGAGUCGGCCAAGUUUGACAAGAUCCUCGUCAACGACGAUUUGGAGAAGACUUAUAAUGAGCUGGAUGCUUUUGUCUACGAGAAGAGCGGAUAG